AUGAAGUCGAAUACGGCGUCGUCCUUUCGCUGGGCGGCGCUAUUGCUGCUACUAGGCACACUUACCUGCUUUUUCCAGUCAGCUAUUGCCGUGAAAGACAAGGACUUCAAGAAAUGCGACCAAUCCGGCUUCUGCAAACGAAAUCGCGCCUACGCCGACAACGCUGUUGCCCAAGGUUCAAACUGGAAAGCCCCAUAUGAGAUCUCAGCCGAUUCGGCAGUUUUUGAGGAUGGAAAAUUACAGGCCGUGGUUGUCAAGACCAUCAACAGCCAUGGAGAGACCGUCCGCCUGCCCCUUACAAUUUCAUUCCUCAAGUCUGGUGCCGCCCGAGUCACAAUGGACGAAGAGAAGCGACGCAACAAAGAUGUGGUUUUGCGAGACGAUAGUCCUGUCCGAAAGGAAAGAUACAACGAGGCGGACGAUUGGGUUCUUGUUGGUGGUUUGGACCUUGACAAGGAGGCGCAACUUGCAUUCCAAGAUAAGUCUCAGAUCAAUAUCAAGUAUGGACCCGAGGCCAAGCAGGAAGCCAUCAUCAAGUUUUCGCCUUUCGAAAUCGACUUCCGACGCGAUGGCAACUCGCACGUCAAGUUUAACGACCGCGGUUUGCUCAAUAUGGAGCACUGGAGGCCCAAGAUUGAGAACAAGGAAGGUGAGGAAGCUGCUGAAGAUGAGAGUACAUGGUGGGACGAAUCUUUCGGUGGAAAUACCGACACUAAACCCCGAGGGCCCGAAAGUGUUGCUUUGGACAUCACUUUCCACGGGUAUGAGCAUGUGUUUGGCAUUCCGGAACACACUGGUCCUCUAUCCCUGAAGCAGACGCGUGGCGGAGACGGCAACUACGAUGAGCCUUAUCGUAUGUACAACGCCGACGUUUUCGAGUACAUUCUCGACAGCCCAAUGACGCUUUACGGCUCCAUUCCCUUCAUGCAGGCGCAUCGCAAAGGUUCAUCAGUUGGCGUUUUCUGGUUCAACGUCGCCGAGACUUGGGUCGAUAUUACUAAGGCCAAGAACCAAAUGAAUCCGUUAAGCCUUGGAGUUGGUGGUAAGACUAGCACUCAUACCCAUUGGAUCUCUGAGUCUGGUCUUCUGGAUGUCUUUGUUCUUCUUGGUCCUAGCCCCCAGGACCUCACCAAGACUUAUGGCGAGUUGACUGGCUACACCGCUAUGCCUCAAGAAUUCGCAAUUGCCUACCACCAAUGCCGAUGGAACUACAUCUCCAGCGAUGAUGUUCGAAAUGUUGAUCGCAACAUGGACAAGCACAAGAUUCCAUACGACGUCAUCUGGCUCGACCUCGAGUACACAGAUGAUCGCAAGUAUUUCACCUGGGAACCUCACUCGUUCCCCGAUCCCAUUGACAUGGGUGAGCACCUCGACGCUCACGGUCGUCAACUAGUUGUUUUACUUGACCCUCAUAUCAAGAAAACCGACAACUAUGCUGCUUCCGAAGAGUUGGUCGCUCAAGACCUUGGUGUUCAUGACAAGGAGCAGAAGCUCUAUGAAGGAUGGUGCUGGCCUGGAGCGUCCAACUGGAUCGACUGCUUCAACCCUAAGGCUAUCGAAUGGUGGAAGACUAUGCUCAAGUUUGACAAGUUCAAGGGAACCAUGUCCAACACUUGGAUGUGGAACGAUAUGAGCGAGCCCUCAGUCUUCAAUGGGCCCGAGGUGACUAUGCCCAAGGACAACAUUCACCAUGGAGGAUGGGAGCACCGUGAUGUCCACAACCUGAACGGCUUGACCUUCCAGAAUGCAACGUUCCAGGCUCUCCUUCACCGCGAGAAGGGCGAGCUUCGACGACCAUUCAUCCUGACCCGAGCCUUCUACGCCGGAUCGCAAAAGCUUGGUGCUAUGUGGACCGGAGAUAACCAGGCCGAUUGGGGACACUUGGCUACAUCUAUUCCCAUGACCAUCAACCAAGGAAUUUCGGGCUUCCCCUUCGCUGGUGCUGACGUCGGAGGCUUCUUUGGUAACCCCGAGAAGGAUCUUCUCGUCCGCUGGUAUCAGACUGGUAUCUGGUAUCCCUUUUUCCGAGCUCAUGCCCACAUUGAUGCUCGCCGUCGCGAGCCUUACCUCCUAGGCGAGCAUUACACGCCGAUUACAACCGCCGCCAUCCGACUCCGAUACUCGCUUCUCCCUGCUUGGUAUACUGCAUUCUACAAUGCUGCCCAGGACGGAAGCCCCAUUAUUCGACCUAUGUUCUGGACCCAUCCCUCAGAGGAGGCUGGUUUUGCUCUUGAAGAUCAGUUCUUCGUCGGCUCAACCGGCCUCUUGGUGAAGCCAGUCACAGAGCAGAACAAGGAGUCCGUCGAUGUCUGGAUUCCCGAUGACGAGGUCUACUAUGAUUACUUUACCUACGAUGUUCAAAAGACCAGCAAGGGCAAGUAUCUUACAGUGAGCGCGCCCCUUGACAAGAUCCCUGUUCUAUUGCGAGGUGGCCAUAUCAUUCCUCGACGAGAUAUUCCCCGACGAUCAAGCGCUCUGAUGCGAUUCGACGACUACACACUUGUUGUCUCAGCCUCGAAGGCUGGCGCCGCUGAGGGUGAGCUCUAUGUGGAUGAUGGCGACUCGUUUGAUUACGAGCAAGGUCAAUACAUUCACCGCAAGUUCACGCUUAGUGGAAACACCCUGACCUCUACUGAGGCCGAGGGACGUGACACCAAGUCUAUUAAGUCCGGCCCUUGGCUGAAGGCCAUGGAGAAGGUGCACGUUGACAAGAUCAUCAUUGUCGGUGCGCCCAAGACCUGGGACCAGAAGGAGGUGCAGGUCGAGUCUGAGGGACGAACAUGGACUGCCAAGGUUCAAUAUCACGCAGCCAAGGGCAGCCGCGCAGCCUUUGCGGUUGUUGGCCGAGUUGGAGCCAAAAUUGGCGUGGAUUGGAGCGUCAAGCUUGCUUAA